CUCCGAUCACCUGAUCUGAGCCGCCACAUUGCUGCCCCGCCCCCUCGUGUUGUUUAGUCCUGCUUUGUCUGCGUCUGACCGUCACCCCCCCUAUAAAAUCCGACCCAGACGGUCACGAUCAUGUCCUCGUUGCUGAGCCCCUUCUCCGUCCGCGAGGGACCCUGCGACCGGAGGCUGGGCCCAAGCGCCGCGCGCCAUCAGCGCGCCGCCGCGCCGGGGCCGGCCUCUCCGGCGGCGCACCACAGCUCAGGCGCGGCGAGGAGGAGGCUGGCAGCCGCUGCGGUGGGAGGACGGAAAGUCACGCAUCCCGGAAAGGCUAUCCUUGCAGGUGGAAUAGCAGGAGGAAUAGAAAUAUGCAUCACCUUUCCCACAGAGUAUGUGAAGACUCAGUUGCAGCUGGAUGAGAGAGCCAACCCGCCUCGAUACAGAGGGAUCGGGGACUGUGUGAAGCUGACAGUGCAAGAUCACGGCCUCAGAGGGUUGUACCGCGGUCUCAGCUCCCUCCUCUUUGGGUCAAUACCCAAAUCUGCUGUCAGGUUUGGCACAUUUGAGAUACUUAGCAACCCAAUGCGGGACGCCACAGGCCGGUUAGACAACACACGGAGCCUCCUGUGUGGUUUAGGAGCGGGGAUAGCUGAGGCUAUUCUGAUCGUCUGUCCAAUGGAGACUCUAAAGGUAAAGCUGAUCCACGACCAGUGCUCCCUCCGGCCUCGCUACCGAGGCUUCUUUCAUGGCGUCAGCGAGAUCAUCAGAGAACAGGGUUUGAGGGGAACGUAUCAGGGUUUGACGCCAACUUUGCUUAAACAAGGAAGCAAUCAGGCAAUCAGGUUCUAUGUAAUGAACUCGCUUAGGAACUGGUACAAAGGUGAUGAUCCCAGAAAGGAAAUGCAUCCGAUUGUCACAGCGAUGUUUGGAGCGACAGCAGGAGCAGCCAGUGUUUUUGGAAAUACGCCUUUAGAUGUGGUGAAGACCAGGAUGCAGGGUUUGGAUGCCUAUCGCUACAAAAACACAAUGGACUGUGCGUUCCAGAUCCUGAAACACGAAGGACUGCAGGCGUUCUACAAAGGCACAGUUCCCAGACUCGGUCGCGUCUGCUUGGACGUCGCCAUAGUCUUUGUCAUUUACGAGGAGGUGGUCAAGUUACUCAACAAUGUGUGGGAGACGCAGUAGUAGCACCCAAAAACAGAGCACGAACCAGUGCCUCGUGUUAUGCACAACUCAACACCUCGAAUCCAGUUUGUAAAGUGAUCUUCAUCAUUGCCAUAAGCUGAUGUCUCAUUGUGACCGACAACUGGGUUUAAAACUCAAUUUACUGUACGUCGAAUUCAUCUUUGCCUAAAAAGCAACAUCGAUUAAUUCAUUUUAUGAAUCAGUUUUCUGUUAAAGUAUUUUUAGAGAAAAACAAAAUCAGCUUUCUGUUAGUUUUUAGUUAAAAGGUCUGGGGAAAAUGUCACAUUUCAUAAUCUUAACCUGAGCUAUGAAAAAAAACGCUUGAAUAACUAAAUAAAAUUGGUUUUGAAUAGAAUAUUUAGAACUUAAUUGAUGUUGAAUCAAAACGCUAAUCAGAAACGAACCCAUUUAGCAUUUUGGCGAUGAUACUCUGCCCGACUGAACAUCCACACAAAAAAGUUCAAGUUCUUUAAAGUCAGUGAUAGAAGUGCUAAAAGGCUCCCAUUUCCUUUUUCUCAAGUUUUACAACCUACCUUAAGACAAACAUAAAUCAAAAUGGCAAGACUGGUUCAAAAGGAUUUUUUUUCUGUAUUUUUGUUUUUAUGUAGCACUUUUAUACCAUUCAUGUUGUUGGCUAACCUUCUACUGAAACCAUGAAUGUGUCUUGAUUCACUGAGUACUUACUAGACUGUGCAAAGAAAAGACAAACUCCGCCCAUCAGGUCUUCUACAGAGCUGUGACACACAAACGCUUGUGUGGCUUUGCUUGUGGCAUUAACCCACUAAAACAUGGCCUCUUUUUGCUGUCGUCUGAUAGUAUUGUGGUCGUCCCACCUAUACAACUCGGGAACUUGAUCGUCCAAACUAUUUGAAAAAACAAUUCUAACAUUUUUAAUGAGUUUGUAAUCUUUUGGAUACAAGUAACGUAAUCUCAUAAUUGUCUUUGUUUUAGCCUGAUGGUCGGAUGAAAAGAAGGUAGAUGAAAGGUGGACAGUUUCUAAAACGGAGGAACGGGAGGCACUAGAAUAAUAUACGAGAAGUGCUGAUAGGAAUUAUGGGUAAAUUGGUCCGUUUAGUAUACGAGUGAAGAAAAACAAAAAAAGUCAGUAGGUAGGCAGGAGAAGUGAAUGAGAGGAGGGAUGGUGGGGGUCUAGAGAAUGAAGACGGGGCUAAAUGGUUUAUCCGGCUUUAAAUAGACGGGUCAGGUUGAUGGUCGUCGGGUGGUUUAAGGCGGGGUUUUGCUCCCGCAGGCUGUCCUCUAAUGACGAAAGCUUCAUCCUUGUGAAGUCGUGUUUGUGUUCAGACCACAUGCAGCGAUCUGCAUCAGAGUCGUGCGGAAAAAAUGGUCUCAGUUUGAGUGGAUCUUCUAACUCUGCAGCCUUUCAGUUUUUCACACCAAAAACCAAACCAUCAGCUCCUAACGCACAUAACCGCCAUCCACCUGCACCUUUAGAAAGAGCUUAUAGGACCGCUGGAAAAGUUCCUGUUGGGCUGACUGUUUCUUUGUGUGAAAGAAAAACCAAAACAUGCGACGCGCUUGAAAUUUCAUGUAUGAUGAAAUACUUGUGAAUAUUGGAUCGGUGUGGUUGUGUUGAGAUAUUGUCUGCAAAAUAAAAAAAAUUGUACGCUGUUUA